CGCUUCCAGACUCCAGUCCAGUGAGUCCAGUCCCGUUCAGUCUUUCGUGACGAUGGGAGGUGGGCGAGUCAGCCACUACCUGUACAUUCAAAAGCCUCCUGUUGAUUUGACGCGGAAAUUUAAGAGUGUUUUUACGAUUCUAGUGACAUAUUAACAAGAUUUCUACACUCAAACUGCUGUGGUUGAAAUGACACCUACGGGAUUUCACGAGUGUUUUUAAAGACAGCGUUGGUGUUUCCACGUCUCCAAACACCUUAUUACUGGACUACAACCACGCACUGAAGCAGGAACUACGUUAUCAAAACCCGUCACCAUGAACCUGGACCCUGGAAUUGUGUGUUUCCAGCACUGCGAGGGGCGCUUCUUCUGCUUCACUCUUCCAUCUCGCUGUCCGAUAUGUCAGGCUGAUCUCACCACGCAGCCCCUCGCUUCCCCGCCCUUCAGAGUCCCCUACCCCUUCGUCAGAGCGUCCCAAGCCCCCUGCUGCCUCGUUAUUAAGCCCACAAGAGGGGACUUCCUGCACGACUACAGGAGCAACCAGGACCUUCAUAUAGGCGUGACGGACAGCGAGGGGCAGGUUUAUGAGUAUGACUGUGAGGGGCUACAUAAUGACUACACAGCCUCAUGGACACAGGCCCUCGCAAUCCCCAUUAUUCGCGACACCACCGCCCCUGACUGCCUCGAUGCUGUCUGGAAGGAGUAUUGGAACUUCAGCCUCCAUUCACUGGCUGAGGAUAACGCGUGGACUUCUGAAAGAUACAGCGAGGACAAGCAUAACUGUUACUCCUUCGUCCUCGCCUUCCUGCAAGCCCUCGCGCCCCCGGGUCUCGAAGUUAAGGGCCUCAAUAAGACCUCCCUCUGCGCCAGGCUGCUCCUCCCUCACACAGCCCCCGCCGCCCGCUACAUCUCGCUGUACCGUAAGAUAAAGACAGACGGUUAUUUUGCAGCCCCUCAAAGCCCGCUACACCACCACCAUCACCACCAUCUCGACCUCUAAACGUGUGUGUGUGCGUUUGAUUUUUAUUUUUCCUUUUUUUUUAUUGUCAUGUUAUGUUUGCUUAUCAUCAUCUCGCCUUUCUAAACGUGUGUGUGUGUGUGUGUGUGUGUGUUUUCCUCUCCUUUGUCUUGUUUGUUUAUUUUGCGUCCGUGUUCUGUUAUGUACUAUUCUUGUUUUGUUUGUGUUAGGUGGUGUUUCUAAUUGGUGUUACUUUAGCGUGAGGUCUACCACACUAUAGCGUGAGAUCUACCUCCCGUUAGCACUAUAGCGUGAGGUCUACCGCUGCAUUAUCCCUCCCUCAUGGAUAUCACACAUUUCCAUACAUUUGCCUGUGUGUGUCCUCCUGUCACUGGAUCCACAAAAUGUUGCGGGUGGUUCACUGUAAAAUGCUGGUAGCCCAUGGCAUCUAGGUUGCUAUAAGCAGGCCACUCAUCUGAAUGAAUUACCGAACCAUAUGCACACUCCUUUUCAGUCUGAGCCUUGUUAAGACCAAAAACCCAAGGCCCAUCAAUUCUACGCCCAUGGUUUCUGUCGUUUUCCUGUUCUGCGUCACUGUCCUCGGAGAGAGGAGCGUUGUCUCCAUUCAGCAUCCUUCCUCGCUUGUAUUUCCGUCGACCAGCAAAUCUUGCCUCAUCAAUUUGGAUGGGGUUAUCUGUUGUUCCUACCAUCUUUCCUCGUCAUUGAUGAGAAACUAUGGCUGUACACAACUCUCGGCACAUGUUGAACCACUCAGUUACAGUAACUACUGGUAGAUUUUCCUGUGAGAGUCAAUCGUUACUGUGGACAUUGGUAUAUCUAAUACAAAGAGAAAUAUUAAUUCUAAUAUUUCACACAGACAGGUUGUAGUGCAAUUUGUUUUUUUCAUGUCCGUAUAAUGGAAAAAUUAAUUUCCUGUACGAACAGACCGUGUAGUUGACACCCCUUUAGAGGGUAACGUAACACAGGCUUGAAUUCUCCUUCUCUGUUACGCGGGGAGGGUCACGCGGUAGACCUCAGGCUGCACCUCGGUAGGCCACAUUGUUUGAGAGACCCUGGACCACAUAGAGCGGUAGACCUCACGCUAAAGUAGCACCUUCUAAUUGUUGUUUUUUUUUUUUUUUUACUUGUACUCGUAUAGUGUUUAUUUAUUGUUUUUCCUUUCUGUGCUUUGGGAGAGUAAAAAUGUGAUUACAAACGAAUUAUCUGUAGUAUUUGUGUAGCUUUAGAGGAAAUGGUUUGUUAAUUACACGCCUAUAGUUAUUUAUUAAGUAUUUAGUAUGGAUCUAGUUGUGUUAAUGAGUGUAGAUGUAAUGUCUGUGUAUGUAUGUAUGGUUGUCUCCUUUUUUGUCUAUCUGUGUUUGCAUUGUUGUCUGUGUCUGUCAUUCCUUCUAUUCUUGUCUGUCUCUUUCCAUUUUUGUCUGUCUGUCUCUUUCCU